AUGUGGCAGUUUUCAUCGCCAUGGGUCGGCAUAGUCAUUCCCUCGCUUCUAAUCCUGGGCAUAGGGUUAGGCUCCCUCUUCUUUAUCUUUAGACAUCAUAUGUCUCCUGAGAGCCAGCUAGGCUACUUAGGUCUUAUGAUACUUGUGGGCAUUUCGUACUUGUUUGCUAUUCUUACUCCUCCUGGCCUGCCUCCCAAGAACUAUAAACCACAGAAGAACCAGUGGAAAGUGUGGUGCAACAAGUGCAACUUGUACAAGCCUCCUAGAACCCAUCAUUGCAAGCAGUGCAAGACUUGUGUGUUGGCAAUGGAUCACCAUUGUCCAUGGACAAACAAUUGUGUUGGGCAUGGCAACUUGCCCCACUUUAUGAGGUUUUUGAUUAUGGUGCUUGUGGGUACGGGCUACACGUUAUAUGAGCUCUCCUUGAGAGCGUAUGAGUUCUACGAGGACCGUGAUUUGCCUGCGUACUUGAUUGAUAGAUCAGAGCUUGCUGCGGUGAUUGUGCUUCUUUUGGUAGACGGAUUCGUCUUCUUUGCCAUAGUUGUGCUCUUCCUUCGUUGCAUCAUCAACAUCUCUAGUGGUAAAACUCAGAUUGAGGUGUGGGAAAUGGAACGCAUCGAGGGCCAAUUUCACACUGAAAGACUCUGGUACCAAAUCAGAAAGAAUUACAAAACAAUCCAUGGCUCUGAGCUUCCUAAGCUUACUUCCUGGAACGUGGGUGCUCGAUAUUACCAGGGAGACCCAUUGGAGGAUAUUCAAGAGGAGAACAUACCCAUGGAAAACCUCAAUUCCGAUGAGAAUGAUGACCAGCCUCCUUCGCUUAUUCCUGACAACUUCACGCCCGACGACAUUAUAUUCCCUUACGAUCUAGGCUUCUUCUCCAACUUUGUCACUGCGCUUGGGUACCCUUGGAAUUUCAUUUUAUUUUGGGGCAAAGCCCCAGGCAAUGGUUACGAAUUCAAGACCAACGAUGAUGAUGACCAGUUGAACCUUCCAUGGCCUCCUGAUGGUGGACAGGUAGAUUUUGUUCCUCUGGAGUAUACUGACGAAGAUUUGAGAGCACUUGGAGACGUAUCACUUAUCAAGAAACACUUGGACCCAAGAAGCAACAUGAAGCGCAGCGAAUGGGUCAAUGACAUGGGAGAGACCCUUCAAGACUACGGAGUUGAUGUGGAUGAGGAAGAACAGGAAGAGUUGGUUGUCAACAGUGAGGUUAGUAGUACAGACGAGUCCAACGACAGGCAAUAA